AAGAAGAGGAAGAGGAAGAACAGCCCGCGGAAAUCAAACAACUUUCAAAGAAGAAGAAGAAGAAGAGAUGAAACAACAUGGAGCCUGAAGUUAACAACAACAACAAGAAGAGUUUAACAGCUGAUGAGAGUCCAGAUGAAGAAGUCAGCUUCUCCCGUGUUACCGCGGUAGCUACUGGCUGGAUGUUGGACUUUAUGUUUGUUAGUCUGUGUCGACGCUUCAAGCAAGGAAAGUUUGAGGAGUUCAAUGAAACGCUGUCAACUUUACAGGCCAUUUGUGAGGAAGGAGACCAUGAUGAGAAAACGAUUAUAUGUGCCUUCCUUGCAAGAGUCAUGCAUGGAAAGCAAUUGGAUGUCCAGUUUGAAGACGAUGACCGUGUGAUGCCUCUGAUGUCUGCCGCCAAAUUAUGGUCAAAACUAGAGCACACUGUGGCAGACGAAAGUCUGUUCAAAAACAUCACCAUUCUUUUGCUUGUCCAGUCUGUGUCUGUGUGCUUGGAGAAAGGCCAAAGAUCUCAUGCCUCCUCUGCCCUCAAGUGGUUUGAGAAGAAUGACUUCCCAAAGAAAUUGAUAGUUAAGUUGACGACAAUAGUGACAGAGAGGGAAACUUACCACCCGUUCCUCAUGAGCUUCAGCUUCAGCCGCCUGCUGGAGACGAUCAACUCUUACUUGGACGCCUACUUGGAGAAGAAUCCCUCCGACUACAUUCUCAAGGCGGCCACAAAGAUGGCGCAGUCGUCGCAGAACAUUGAGGAUCUGGAGGAUGAGGUGACACAGGAUGGCUCUCUGUCAGAAGAAGCCAAGAAAACAACAGAGGACAGAAAGGACAAGAACAAGGCUGUAAGUUUGAGAACAAAACGGAAACUACUGUCAACUGAGAUUCCAGAAGAAUGGCAAACUGAUUCAAGCAAAAAGCCUUUUGUCUCGGUCAAAAGAAUGUCCAAGAUUGAGUUAUCUGGGGUGACAUCUGGGACGUCAGUGGACACCACGAUGAUGCAAAAAGCAAGAAAACGACCUCAGAAAUGGACAUACCAGCUGGACCAAUACCUCAAGAUUGGAGUUAAACGUCACGGCCAGGGGAAGUGGUCUCACAUGUUAAUGGAUUUUGAUUUUGAGGGACGCACCGGCACCAUGCUCAAAGACCGCUGGAGAGUCCUAACGAAGGCAAAUAAAGUAGGCUGAGGAGGGGAAGUGCCUCAAUAACUUA